AUGCUGUUGCAGUGGAGUCUCAUCAGAAAAUCAGAAACAGCUGCGCAGAAGCGGCUGCGCAGGAACAGCUGCGCAGAAGCGGCUGCGCAGAAGCGGCUGCGCAGAAGCGGCUGCGCAGAAGCGGCUGCGCACAAGCGGCUGCGCACAAGCGGCUGCGCAGAAGCGGCUGCGCAGAAGCGGCUGCGCAGAAGCGGCUGCGCAGAAGCGGCUGCGCAGAAGCGGCUGCGCAGAAGCGGCUGCGCAGAAACGGCUGCGCAGAAACGGCUGCGCAGAAACGGCUGCGCAGAAACGGCUGCGCAGAAACGGCUGCGCAGAAACGGCUGCGCAGAAGCGGCUGCGCAGAAGCGGCUGCGCAGAAGCGGCUGCGCAGAAGCGGCUGCGCACAAGCGGCUGCGCAGAAGCGGCUGCGCAGAAGCGGCUGCGCAGAAGCGGCUGCGCAGAAGCGGCUGCGCAGAAGCGGCUGCGCAGAAGCGGCUGCGCAGAAGCGGCAGCGCAGAAGCGGCUGCGCAGAAGCGGCUGCGCAGAAGCGGCUGCGCAGAAACGGCUGCGCAGAAACAGCUGCGCAGAAACAGCUGCGCAGGAACAGCUGCGCAGGAACAGCUGCGCAGGAACAGCUGCGCAGAAACAGCUGCGCAGGAACAGCUGCGCAGGAACAGCUGCGCAGGAACAGCUGCGCAGGAACAGUUGCGCAGGAACAGCUGCGCAGGAACAGCUGCGCAGGAACAGCUGCGCAGGAACAGCUGCGCAGGAACAGCUGCGCAGGUACAGCUGCGCAGAAACAGCUGCGCAGAAACAGCUGCGCAGGAACAGCUGCGCAGGAACAGCUGCGCAAGAACAGCUGCGCAGGUACAGCUGCGCAGGAGCAGCUGCGCAGGAACAACUGCGCAGAAACAACUGCGCAGAAACAGCUGCGCUGGAACAGCUGCGCAGAAACAGCUGCGCAGAAACAGCUGCGCAGAAACAGCUUCGCAGAAACAGCUGCGCAGAAACAGCUGCGCAGAAACAGCUGCGCAGGAACAGCUGCGCAGGAACAGCUGCGCAGAAACAGCUGCGCAGAAACAGCUGCGCAGAAACAGCUGCGCAGGAACAGCUGCGCAGAAACAGCUGCGCAGAAACAGCUGCGCAGAAACAGCUGCGCAGAAACAGCUGCGCAGAAACAGCUGCGCAGAAACAGCUGCGCAGAAACAGCUGCGCAGAAACAGCUGCGCAGAAACAGCUGCGCAGAAACAGCUGCGCAGAAACAGCUGCGCAGGAGCAGCUGCGCAGGAACAGCUGCGCAGGAACAGCUGCGCAGGAACAGGUGCGCAGGAACAGGUGCGCAGGAACAGGUGCGGAGGAACAGGUGCGCAGGAACAGCUGCGCAGGAACAGGUGCGCAGGAGCAGGUGCGCAGGAACAGCUGCGCAGGAACAGCUGCGCAGGAACAGCUGCGCAGGAACAGCUGCGCAGGAACAGGUGCGCAGGAACAGCUGCGCAGAAACAGCUGCGCAGAAACAGCUGCGCAGAAACAGCUGCGCAGAAACAGCUGUGCAGAAACAGCUGCGCAGAAACAGCUGCGCAGAAACAGCUGCGCAGAAACAGCUCCGCAGAAACAGCUGCGCAGAGACAGCUGCGCAGAGACAGCUGCGCAGAUACAGCUGCGCAGAAACGGCUGCGCAGAAACGGCUGCGCAGAAACGGCUGCGCAGAAACGGCUGCGCAGAAACGGCUGCGCAGAAGCGGCUGCGCAGAAGCGGCUGCGCAGAAGCGGCUGCGCAGAAGCGGCUGCGCACAAGCGGCUGCGCAGAAGCGGCUGCGCAGAAGCGGCUGCGCAGAAGCGGCUGCGCAGAAGCGGCUGCGCAGAAGCGGCUGCGCAGAAGCGGCUGCGCAGAAGCGGCAGCGCAGAAGCGGCUGCGCAGAAGCGGCUGCGCAGAAGCGGCUGCGCAGAAACGGCUGCGCAGAAACAGCUGCGCAGGAACAGCUGCGCAGGAACAGCUGCGCAGGAACAGCUGCGCAGAAACAGCUGCGCAGGAACAGCUGCGCAGGAACAGCUGCGCAGGAACAGCUGCGCAGGAACAGUUGCGCAGGAACAGCUGCGCAGGAACAGCUGCGCAGGAACAGCUGCGCAGGAACAGCUGCGCAGGAACAGCUGCGCAGGUACAGCUGCGCAGAAACAGCUGCGCAGAAACAGCUGCGCAGGAACAGCUGCGCAGGAACAGCUGCGCAAGAACAGCUGCGCAGGUACAGCUGCGCAGGAGCAGCUGCGCAGGAACAACUGCGCAGAAACAACUGCGCAGAAACAGCUGCGCUGGAACAGCUGCGCAGAAACAGCUGCGCAGAAACAGCUGCGCAGAAACAGCUUCGCAGAAACAGCUGCGCAGAAACAGCUGCGCAGAAACAGCUGCGCAGGAACAGCUGCGCAGGAACAGCUGCGCAGAAACAGCUGCGCAGAAACAGCUGCGCAGAAACAGCUGCGCAGGAACAGCUGCGCAGAAACAGCUGCGCAGAAACAGCUGCGCAGAAACAGCUGCGCAGAAACAGCUGCGCAGAAACAGCUGCGCAGAAACAGCUGCGCAGAAACAGCUGCGCAGAAACAGCUGCGCAGAAACAGCUGCGCAGAAACAGCUGCGCAGAAACAGCUGCGCAGGAGCAGCUGCGCAGGAACAGCUGCGCAGGAACAGCUGCGCAGGAACAGGUGCGCAGGAACAGGUGCGCAGGAACAGGUGCGGAGGAACAGGUGCGCAGGAACAGCUGCGCAGGAACAGGUGCGCAGGAGCAGGUGCGCAGGAACAGCUGCGCAGGAACAGCUGCGCAGGAACAGCUGCGCAGGAACAGCUGCGCAGGAACAGGUGCGCAGGAACAGCUGCGCAGAAACAGCUGCGCAGAAACAGCUGCGCAGAAACAGCUGCGCAGAAACAGCUGCGCAGAAACAGCUGCGCAGAAACAGCUGCGCAGAAACAGCUCCGCAGAAACAGCUGCGCAGAGACAGCUGCGCAGAGACAGCUGCGCAGAUACAGCUGCGCAGAAACAGCUGCGCAGAAACAGCAGCGCAGAAACAGCUGCGCAGAAACAGCUGCGCAGAAACAGCUGCGCAGAAACAGCUGCGCAGAAACAGCUGCGCAGAAACAGCUGCGCAGAAACAGAUGCGAAGAAACAGCUGCGCAGAAACAGCUGCGCAGAAACAGCUGCGCAGAAACAGCGGCGCAGAAACAGCGGCGCAGAAACAGCUGCGCAGGAACAGCUGCGCAGAAACAGCUGCGCAGAAACAGCUGCGCAGGAACAGCUGCGCAGGAACAGCUGCGCAGAAACAGCUGCGCAGAAACAGCUGCGCAGAAACAGCUGCGCAGGAACAGCUGCGCAGGAACAGCUGCGCAGAAACAGCUGUGCAGAAACAGCUGCGCAGAAACAGCUGCGCAGGAACAGCUACGCAGAAACAGCUGCGCAGAAACAGCUGCGCAGAAACAGCUGCGCAGAAACAGCUGCGCAGAAACAGCUGCGCAGAAACAGCUGCGCAGAAACAGCUGCGCAGAGACAGCUGCGCAGAAACAGCUGCGCAGAGACAGCUGCGCAGAAACAGCUGCGCAGAAACAGCUGCGCAGAAACAGCUGCGCAGAAACAGCUGCGCAGAAACAGCUGCGCAGAAACAGCUGCGCAGAAACAGCUGCGCAGAAACAGCGGCGCAGAUACAGCGGCGCAGAAACAGCGGCGCAGAAACACUCUAUAGCCUCUGGUUACAGGAGCGUACCUCCAUGUUCAAUGUUUUUUGGGCAGUUGAACAUCUGCGCGGAGACGGCUGCGCAGAAGCGGCUGCGCGGAAGCGGCUGCGCGGAAACGGCUGCGCGGAAACGGCUGCGCGGAAACGGCUGCGCGAGAACAGCUGCGCGAGAACAGGUGCGCGGGAACAGGUGCGCGGGAACAGCUGCGCAGGAACAGCUGCGCAGGAACAGCUGCGCAGGAACAGGUGCGCAAAAACAGGUGCGCAAAAACAGGUGCGCAGGAACAGCUGCGCAGGAACAGCUGCGCAGGAACAGCUGCGCAGGAACAGCUGCGCAGGAACAGCUGCGCAGAAACAGCUGCGCAGGAACAGCUGCGCAGGAACAGCUGCGCAGAAACAGCUGCGCAGAAACAGCUGCGCAGAAACAGCUGCGCAGAAACAGCUGCGCAGAAACAGCUUCGCAGAAACAGCUGCGCAGGAACAGCAGCGCAGGAACGGCUGCGCAGAAACGGCUGCGCAGAAACGGCUGCGCAGAAACGGCUGCGCAGAAACGGCUGCGCAGAAACGGCUGCGCAGAAACGGCUGCGCAGAAACGGCUGCGCGGAAGCGGCUGCGCGGAAGCGGCUGCGCGGAAACGGCUGCGCGGAAACGGCUGCGCGGAAACGGCUGCGCGAGAACAGCUGCGCGAGAACAGGUGCGCGGGAACAGCUGCGCGGGAACAGCUGCGCGGGAACAGCUGCGCAGGAACAGCUGCGCAGGAACAGGUGCGCAGGAACAGGUGCGCAGGAACAGGUGCGCAGGAACAGCUGCGCAGGAACAGCUGCGCAGGAACAGCUGCGCAGGAACAGCUGCGCAGGAACAGCUGCGCAGAAACAGCUGCGCAGAAACAGCUGCGCAGAAACAGCUGCGCAGAAACGGCUUCGCAGAAACGGCUGCGCUGGAACGGCUGCGCAGAAACGGCUGCGCAGAAACGGCUGCGCAGAAACGGCUGCGCAGAAACGGCUGCGCAGAAACGGCUGCGCAGAAACGGCUGCGCAGAAACGGCUGCGCAGAAAAGGCUGCGCAGAAACGGCUGCGCAGAAACAGCUGCGCAGAAACAGCUGCGCAGAAGCAGCUGCGCAGAAGCAGCUGCGCAGAAGCAGCUGCGCAGAAGCAGCUGCGCAGAAGCAGCUGCGCAGAAGCAGCUGCGCAGAAGCAGCUGCGCAGAAACAGCUGCGCAGAAACAGCUGCGCAGAUACAGCUGCGCAGAUACAGCUGCGCAGAAACAGCUGCGCAGAAACAGCUGCGCAGGAACAGCUGCGCAGGAACAGCUGCGCAGGAACAGCUGCGCAGGAACAGCUGCGCAGGAACAGCUGCGCAGGAACAGCUGCGCAGGAACAGCUGCGCAGGAACAGCUGCGCAGGAACAGCUGCGCAGGUACAGCUGCGCAGGAACAGCUGCGCAGGAACAGCUGCGCAGAAACAGCUGCGCAGGAACAGCUGCGCAGGAACAGCUGCGCAGGAACAGCUGCGCAGGAACAGCUGCGCAGGAACAGCUGCGCAGGUACAGCUGCGCAGGAACAGCUGCGCAGGAACAGCUGCGCAGGAACAGCUGCGCAGGAACAGCUGCGCAGAAACAGCUGCGCAGGAACAGCUGCGCAGAAACAGCUGCGCAGGAACAGCUGCGCAGAAACAGCUGCGCAGGAACAGCAGCGCAGGAACAGCUGCGCAGGAACAGCUGCGCAGGAACAGCUGCGCAGGAACAGCUGCGCAGGAACAGCUGCGCAGGAACAGCUGCGCAGAAACAGCUGCGCAGAAACAGCUGCGCAGGAACAGCUGCGCAGAAACAGCUGCGCAGAAACAGCUGCGCAGGAACAGCUGCGCAGAAACAGCUGCGCAGAAACAGCUGCGCAGGAACAGCUGCGCAGGAACAGCUGCGCAGGAACAGCUGCGCAGGAACAGCUGCGCAGAAACAGCUGCGCAGGAACAGCUGCGCAGAAACAGCUGCGCAGAAACAGCUGCGCAGAAACAGCUGCGCAGAAACAGCUUCGCAGAAACAGCUGCGCAGGAACAGCUGCGCAGAAACAGCUGCGCAGAAACAGCUGCGCAGGAACAGCUGCGCAGAAAAAGCUGCGCAGAAACAGCUGCGCAGAAACAGCUGCGCAGGAACAGCUGCGCAGAAACAGCUGCGCAGGAACAGCUGCGCAGAAACAGCUGCGCAGGAACAGCUGCGCAGAAACAGCUGCGCAGAAGCAGCUGCGCAGAAGCAGCUGCGCAGAAGCAGCUGCGCAGAAGCAGCUGCGCAGAAGCAGCUGCGCAGAAACAGCUGCGCAGAAACAGCUGCGCAGAUACAGCUGCGCAGAUACAGCUGCGCUGAAACAGCUGCGCAGAAACAGCUGCGCAGAAACAGCUGCGCAGAAACAGCUGCGCAGGAACAGCUGCGCAGGAACAGCUGCGCAGGAACAGCUGCGCAGGAACAGCUGCACAGGAACAGCUGCGCAGGAACAGCUGCGCAGAAACAGCUGCGCAGAAACAGCUGCGCAGAAACAGCGGCGCAGAAACAGCGGAUCUCUAGACCACGCGCGCGUACGGAGUUCGUCACCCAUGCUGUUGCAGUGAAGUCUCAUCAGAAAAUCAGAAACAGCUGCGCAGAAGCGGCUGCGCAGAAGCGGCUGCGCAGAAGCGGCUGCGCAGAAGCGGCUGCGCAGAAGCGGCUGCGCAGAAGCGGCUGCGCAGAAGCGGCUGCGCAGAAGCGGCUGCGCAGAAGCGGCUGCGCAGAAGCGGCUGCGCAGAAGCGGCUGCGCAGAAGCGGCUGCGCAGAAGCGGCUGCGCAGAAGCGGCUGCGCAGAAACGGCUGCGCAGAAACGGCUGCGCAGAAACGGCUGCGCAGAAACGGCUGCGCAGAAACGGCUGCGCAGAAACGGCUGCGCAGAUACGGCUGCGCAGAAACGGCUGCGCAGAAGCGGCUGCGCAGAAGCGGCUGCGCAGAAGCGGCUGCGCAGAAGCGGCUGCGCACAAGCGGCUGCGCAGAAGCGGCUGCGCAGAAGCGGCUGCGCAGAAGCGGCUGCGCAGAAGCGGCUGCGCAGAAGCGGCGGCGCAGAAGCGGCUGCGCAGAAGCGGCUGCGCAGAAGCGGCUGCGCAGAAGCGGCUGCGCAGAAGCGGCUGCGCAGAAGCGGCUGCUCAGAAGCGGCUGCGCAGAAGCGGCUGCGCAGAAGCGGCUGCGCAGAAGCGGCUGCGCAGAAACGGCUGCGCAGAAACGGCUGCGCAGAAACGGCUGCGCAGAAACGGCUGCGCAGCAGCAGCUGCGCAGAAGCAGCUGCGCAGAAGCAGCUGCGCAGAAACAGCUGCGCAGAUGCAGCUGCGCAGAAACAGCUGCGCAGAAACAGCUGCGCAGAAGCGGCUGCGCAGAAGCGGCUGCGCAGAAGCGGCUGCGCAGAAGCGGCUGCGCAGAAGCGGCUGCGCAGAAGCGGCUGCGCAGAAGCGGCUGCACGGAAGCGGCUGCGCGGAAGCGGCUGCGCGGAAACGGCUGCGCAGAAGCGGCUGCGCAGAAGCGGCUGCGCAGAAGCGGCUGCGCAGAAGCGGCUGCGCAGAAACGGCUGCGCAGAAACGGCUGCGCAGAAACGGCUGCGCAGAAACGGCUGCGCAGAAACGGCUGCGCAGAAACGUAUGCGCAGAAACGGCUGCGCAGAAACGGCUGCGCAGAAACGGCUGCGCAGAAACGGCUGCGCAGAAACGGCUGCGCAGAAACGGCUGCGCAGAAACGGCUGCGCAGAAACGGCUGCGCAGAAACGGCUGCGCAGAAACGGCUGCGCAGAAACGGCUGCGCAGAAACGGCUGCGCAGAAACGGCUGCGCAGAAACAGCUGCGCAGAAACAGCUGCGCAGAAACAGCUGCGCAGAAACAGCUGCGCAGAAACAGCUGCGCAGAAACAGCUGCGCAGAAGCAGCUGCGCAGAAGCAGCUGCGCAGAAACAGCUGCGCAGAAACAGCUGCGCAGAAACAGCUGCGCAGAAACAGGGCGCAGAAACAGCUGCGCAGAAACAGCUGCGCAGAAACAGCUGCGCAGAUACAGCUGCGCAGAUACAGCUGCGCAGAUACAGCUGCGCAGAAACAGCUGCGCAGAUACAGCUGCGCAGAAAGAGCUGCGCAGAAACAGCUGCGCAGAAACAGCUGCGCAGAAACAGCUGCGCAGAAACAGCUGCACAGAAACAGCUGCGCAGGAACAGCUGCGCAGAAACAGCUGCGCAGAAACAGCUGCGCAGGAACAGCUGCGCAGGAACAGCUGCGCAGAAACAGGUGCGCAGAAACAGCUGCGCAGAAACAGCUGCGCAGGAACAGCUGCGCAGGAACAGCUGCGCAGGAACAGCUGCGCAGGAACAGCUGCGCAGAAACAGCUGCGCAGGAACAGCUGCGCAGGAACAGCUGCGCAGGAACAGCUGCGCAGCAACAGCUGCGCAGAAACAGCUGCGCAGAAACAGCUGCGCAGAAACAGCUGCAGAAACAGCUGCGCAGAAACAGCGGCGCAGAAACAGCGGCGCAGAAACAGCGGCGCAGAAACACUCUAUAGCCUCCGGUUACAGGAGCAAACGGCUGCGCAGGAACGGCUGCGCAGGAACAGCUGCGCAUAAGCGGCUGCGCAGAAGCGGCUGCGCAGAAGCGGCUGCGCAGAAGCGGCUGCGCAGAAGCGGCUGCGCAGAAGCGGCUGCGCAGAAGCGGCUGCGCAGAAGCGGCUGCGCAGAAGCGGCUGCGCAGAAGCGGCUGCGCAGAAGCGGCUGCGCAGAAGCGGCUGCGCAGAAGCGGCUGCGCAGAAGCGGCUGCGCAGAAGCGGCUGCGCAGAAGCGGCUGCGCAGUAGCGGCUGCGCAAAGCGGCUGCGCAGAAGCGGCUGCGCAGAAGCGGCUGCGCAGAAGCGGCUGCGCAGAAGCGGCUGCGCAGAAGCGGCUGCGCAGAAGCGGCUGCGCAGAAACGGCUGCGCAGAAACGGCUGCGCAGAAACGGCUGCGCAGAAACGGCUGCGCAGAAACGGCUGCGCAGAUACGGCUGCGCAGGAACGGCUGCGCAGGAACGGCUGCGCAGGAACGGCUGCGCAGGAACGGCUGCGCAGGAACGGCUGCGCAGGAACGGCUGCGCAGGAACGGCUUCGCAGGAACGGCUGCGCAGAAGCGGCUGCGCAGAAGCGGCUGCGCAGAAGCGGCUGCGCAGAAGCGGCUGCGCAGAAGCGGCUGCGCAGAAGCGGCUGCGCAGAAGCGGCUGCGCAGAAGCGGCUGCGCAGAAGCGGCUGCGCAGAAGCGGCUGCGCAGAAGCGGCUGCGCAGAAGCGGCUGCGCAGAAGCGGCUGCGCAGAAACGGCUGCGCAGAAACGGCUGCGCAGAAACGGCUGCGCAGAAACGGCUGCGCAGAAACGGCUGCGCAGAAACGGCUGCGCAGAAACGGCUGCGCAGAAACGGCUGCGCAGAAACGACUGCGCAGAAACAGCUGCGCAGAAGCAGCUGCGCAGAAGCAGCUGCGCAGAAUCAGCUGCGCAGAAGCAGCUGCGCAGAAGCAGCUGCGCAGAAGCAGCUGCGCAGAAGCAGCUGCGCAGAAACAGCUGCGCAGAAACAGCUGCGCAGAUACAGCUGCGCAGAUACAGCUGCGCAGAUACAGCUGCGCAGAAACGGCUGCGCAGAAACGGCUGCGGAGAAACGGCUGCGCAGAAACGGCUGCGCAGAAACGUAUGCGCAGAAACGGCUGCGCAGAAACGGCUGCGCAGAAACGGCUGCGCAGAAACGGCUGCGCAGAAACGGCUGCGCAGAAACGGCUGCGCAGAAACGGCUGCGCAGAAACGGCUGCGCAGAAACGGCUGCGCAGAAACGGCUGCGCAGAAACGGCUGCGCAGAAACGGCUGCGCAGAAACAGCUGCGCAGAAACAGCUGCGCAGAAACAGCUGCGCAGAAACAGCUGCGCAGAAACAGCUGCGCAGAAGCAGCUGCGCAGAAACAGCUGCGCAGAAGCAGCUGCGCAGAAACAGCUGCGCAGAAACAGCUGCGCAGAAACAGCUGCGCAGAAACAGUGCGCAGAAACAGCUGCGCAGAAACAGCUGCGCAGAAACAGCUGCGCAGAAACAGCUGCGCAGAUACAGCUGCGCAGAUACAGCUGCGCAGAAACAGCUGCGCAGAAACAGCUGCGCAGAUACAGCUGCGCAGAUACAGCUGCGCAGAAACAGCUGCGCAGAAACAGCUGCGCAGAAACAGCUGCGCAGAAACAGCUGCGCAGAAACAGCUGCGCAGGAACAGCUGCACAGAAACAGCUGCGCAGAAACAGCUGCGCAGAAACAGCUGCGCAGGAACAGCUGCGCAGGAACAGCUGCGCAGAAACAGCUGCGCAGGAACAGCUGCGCAGGAACAGCUACGCAGGAACAGCUGCGCAGGAACAGCUGCGCAGGAACAGCUGCACAGGAACAGCUGCGCAGGAACAGCUGCGCAGGAACAGCUGCGCAGGAACAGCUGCGCAGGAACAGCUGCGCAGAAACAGCUGCGCAGAAACAGCGGCGCAGAAACAGCGGCGCAGAAACACUCUAUAG